UGGCAGCCCCGUGCCAGAUCUUUCCAGUGAGGGCACUUUCUUUAUUUUCGUGGCGAUCCAGUCACAACAGCGCGCCUUCACGCAUUUGGAGAGCUUUUCGCGAACUUUGGAGGCGCUAAAAUAAGCCCAGUAACAAACUAUGGCUGAAGCGCACAGCUUACUUACUGAGGAUCCGUGCAGUCCACAGAGCAGCGGCGGCUCUACGCCCCGACACGAACCGGACGGGGAGCUCGGGAACUCUCCCGCCGGAUCUGACGCGCUGGCGGCGGCGCGUCCCCUCUCUGGAGCGGAGAGCUCCCCGGAGGACGAGCGGUUCCCCGCCUGCAUCCGGGACGCGGUGUCGCAGGUGCUGAAAGGGUACGACUGGUCGCUGGUGCCCGUGCCGAGUCAGGGGGAGAGGGGGCUGAAGAGCAAGCCGCACGUAAAGAGGCCGAUGAACGCCUUCAUGGUGUGGGCGCAGGCGGCGCGGAGGAAGCUGGCGGACCAGUACCCGCACCUCCACAACGCGGAGCUGAGCAAGACGCUGGGCAAGCUGUGGAGACUUCUCUCUGAAACAGAAAGGCGGCCAUUUGUAGAGGAGGCUGAAAAGCUGAGACUGCAGCACAAGAGAGACUAUCCAGACUACAAAUACCAACCUCGAAGACGCAAAAGUGCUAAACCGGGCCAAGGGGACCAGAGACCACAACACCAGCACCAGGCCCAGCAGGGCUUUUAUAAGACGGAAGCUGGGUUGACCCGGCUAGGUGGUAUAGGAGAGGCCCCCAAGCAUUACCAUCCAGACAGACCAGGUCAACCUCAUGGUCCUCCAACACCACCGACUUCCCCCAAAACUGAGCUCCACACUGUUAACAAGCACGAUGCCCAUCGUCCUGCUGACAGUAGCUCCGCUAUUCAUUCCAACCGAAACAUCGACUUCAGCAACGUGGACAUUUCAGAGCUUAGCACUGAGGUCAUCGGUACCAUGGAUGGCUUUGAUGUGCACGAGCUGGACCAGUACCUGCCCCCGAACAGCCACAGCACAAUUCUUCCAGCCCAGCUGGAACCCGGCAGCCUGAAUGGAUCAUACGUCCCCCAAAGCGCCCAAGCUCACUCACACAGCACAGUCAACUGUACCCUCAAAACACCUGAAGGGACAUCAGCGGAGGUACCGCAGGAGGACACUGGUCAAAAACCUCAGAUCAAAAUGGAGCAGAUGAGCCCGGGCCAUUGCAGCUCGUCACCUUCCUCUUCUACUUCACCUGCUCCACCUUCACACCAACCUCAGUACACCUCUCUUAGCUCCUCCACCUCCGUGUCUCCUCCUAACCCGCCGGACUACACUGACCUUCAGAACGCCAGCCUCUAUGGCGCGUUUUCAGGUUACCCCGCCGGCCUGUACCAAUAUCCGUACCUUCACUCAUCUCGCAGGUCGUACGCCGCUCCGCUCAUCAACAGCCUGGCUUUAGCACCGCCUCCACGCAGUCCUCCCUCUGUCUGGGAGCAGCCCGUCUACGCGUCACUCUCCAGGCCUUGACAGGGACUGUAGUCUGCCUUCAGACUCAACCACAGCUCACAGACCGUAAACAAAAUCUCAUCUGUUUCUGUGAAAAACAUCACGGGCCUGUGUUGUCAUGCAGAAGAAAUCUCAAGACUGACAAGUACUUAGAAAUAUGUUUGAAAUUGGAUGUCUUGAAAGGGCAAAUCAAUAAAAUUCUCCAGACUCAAAUUCAUUUGGCAUUCCAUACCUUUGUAGUUUUAGCUGAACCUUUAAAAAAUCCUUACAAUCAAGACAUCUGCUAACACCCACCUUGCACCAGGGUUGUUUCAUACCAGCUUUGACAACCGGGUUGAUAAUGUCAUUCUUAUAAUUAAUAUCUGCCAAAUGAAGGUAGCUCAUAGGUAUAUUAAUUUAUCAAUAGUCAUAAUCUAUCAUUUUUGACAAUAGUCAUCUGGUUCAAAUGGAGUUUAAAAGUAAAAUACAUACAAAUAGGUGGUCUUAAGUACUGUACAAUGUACAAUGAAAUUAUAUGUAAGAUUGAAGAUUUUUAAAGACUAUUUCAUUGAAAAAUUCAUGAAAAUAUCUCAGCAAAUUUUGAUAUGCCAUAGUUUAAGUACAUGGGUACCAAGGAUGUAGUCAGGACUGGUUCUUGCUAGACCAAGAUCGCACCCUCCAAGAGCAAGAGCAGCUCUUCUGAGACCAAGACUAAGACAUAACAAUCUGAGACCGAGCUCAAGAUCAGGAAAAAGCAGGUUGAGACCGGUCUCGAGACUUCUAUCCCUGAUGGGCACCAACUUUGUUUAUGGGUUAUAAAAUUGAGACAAGAAGCAACAAAACAGCAUAGUGUGGGUACAAAAUGGGGAGAACAAGUAGAGUUUAACGGUACCUGCCACCAGUCCAGCUGGUAGUAGUUUAGGACAGUUUCUUAAACAUACUUGAGCAACAAAACCAUCUGUAGGUUGGGACGUGGCUCCCAACAAUUUCCACUUCUCUAAAAGUGAAACAUUCACAACAAAUUGACCUCUUUGCAGGUAUUUUUUAUUUAUUAUACGUAUAUUAAGUGCCCAGGUAAUCUACCAGGAAUGUUUUUGGACUCCGGAAAGAAACCUAUACAGAGGGAACUCAACCUACCGUUGUGAAAACAUUCAAAGCAGGUUUGAAUCCACAAGCUGCCUGGCGACAGUCCUGCAAGCCUGCUGUAAUCUCAUGGUAUUUAUCGAAUUCAUGUUUUAAUUGCUCUUGUCCACUGUGCCUUGGUCUUUUGCUUAUAAGGUUUCCAGUUUGCACACAAAAAAAUCAGAGUUUAUUUUUUGUAACUUGUGCAAUUUGUGAGAUGAUUUAUCUAAUGUGGGA